UGCUGCGCGCGCUCUGUCGAUCGUGUCGAGCCCUUCUUCUGCCUCCCCCAGCACUAGUGUGUGCUCUGGUCAUAUCGACCAGGUUUGUGUUUGAGCUUCGCUGAUGAAGAACUGAAAAUCUGAAAAUUUUUUCUAUACGAAAAAAGUUAUAGUAUUGGAGACGGCCCGUGAAUGUAUUCUUUUGAAUGGACAGCAGUCAAGUGCAGCCAAGUUGGCAAAUAUUCUGCCUAAAUAGUUAUGAGUGACUCUGUGUACUGAUGUUCACUAUGCUUUAUAAACAAAACAGUGAUGCUAAUGUUAGUAAUUCGACCUGAUAGGACAUUGUGGUACCGAUGAAACCCAGCAGCAUGAUAACGAUGUGCAGCCUGUCAGCGCUGGCGCGCGGCUGCCGGCCCGCGCCCGCUCCCGCCGCCAAGCCGUGCUGCCUGUGCUGGUGCUGCUGCUGCUCCUGCUCCUGGGCUAAAUGCCUGGCGGCGCGCGGCUCGGAGGGCGGGCCGGGCAAGAAGCCGCGCGAGCCCGGCCCGCACGACCCGCUGCUGCCCGACGGAGAUGCGCCGCCGAGUCUAGAGGAAAUCCAGAGCUGGGGGCAGUCGUUCGACAGGCUCAUGCGGAGUGCAGCUGGCCGCAAGGUGUUCCGUGACUUCCUGCGCGGCGAGUACUCCGAGGAGAAUAUAAUGUUCUGGCUGGCGUGCGAGGAGCUCAAGCGCGAGACCGACCCUGACGCCGUCGAGGAGAAGGCGCGCUUCAUCUACGAGGACUACAUCUCCAUUCUGUCGCCUAAAGAGGUGUCGCUGGACUCGCGCGUGCGCGAGGUGGUAAACCGCAACAUGGUGGAGCCGACGCCGCACACGUUCGACGAGGCGCAGCUGCAGAUCUACACGCUGAUGCACCGCGACUCCUACCCGCGGUUCGUCAACUCGCCGCUCUACAAGACGCUCGCGCGCCUGUCCAGCGCCGAGCCCGCGUCGCCGGCGGCCGCCGCGUCGUCCGCGCCGUCCGCGCCCGCCGCGUCCUCCGCGCCCUCCGCGCCGUCCGCGCCGCCGCAGUGACGCUGGCUGCGCUCGCGAAGGCCACCUCGUACUUAGCGCGAGUCGCGAGCCGCGAGUUCCGACUUAGACGAUUCUAACCCCAGAGGUCCGUCGGUUCCCCUCGACGGACACUCCCACAGAGCGUCCUCGCAGAGAGUAUUUUCUAUUCUGUAUAUAGUCUCUACAUACUUUAACUAAACGGGUACUAAUUUUGUAUAUAGUUAGGUUAAGUAAGAGUAGGUGCGCGCGCGGUCAGCCGCCGCGGCAACUUCGCUGGUCCACCGGCUGCGUCCGCCUCCGCGCGCUAUGUCCCCCGAGUGGCCGAGCGCGGCCCGUCCGGACGCCGCCAGCGCCCGGCCGCGGUUCCGGCGCGGCGAGGACGCGGCGGCACUCACCCGGGGCCACUCGCAUGCCGUCGAGCCCGUGCUGUGCCAGUGGCUCGCGUCGCCCCCGCCACCCUCCCCCGUCGCCGCCGCCGCCCACACCCUGUCCCCGUUUCCUUCUUAAUGCACUUUCUAGUUAGAAGCAAUAAAAGGUGGACCAAUUAAGUUUGCCGGAGAGUCAACGAAUAAAUCUGUUCAUGUAAA